AUGAGGAUGUCCAUUAUUUAUGAAACCAGAUUUAUAUAUGAGCCAAAGUCCAAAAAAGAAAGACCGGUGCGGCACUACUUGCCGCCGAUGGAACCCCAUGGAAAGAAGAUUCUCAUUCUCUUCUCAGAUUUGAAAAAGAGCCCGAAAAGAGAACAGACAGAAAGCUAAUGAUUCAUGUCAAGGAUUGUUAUUUGUGCAUUGGAUGAUCUGGUAUCGUUUCAGGAGGGUCAGUCACUAAAUUCACUGAGAAGAGUAACGGUUGUUGGGCUUCGUUUCUGAAGAGGAUGGACGGGUCAUUAUGAUUGUGUUUUUUGAAUUUUUGAAUGGUGGGUGAGAUAAGAAGAUGUUGUGCAGAGGAAGUUCAACGAGUGAGUGUGUUGCUGGAUCUGUCCCAGUCUACCUCAACGUGUAUGAUCUGACGCCCUACAAUGGCUACGCCUACUGGCUCGGCCUUGGAGUUUAUCAUUCCGGCGUACAAGUUCAUGGGGUUGAGUAUGCAUUUGGAGCUCAUGAGUACCCAUCGACUGGGAUCUUUGAAGGCGAGCCAAAACAGUGUGAAGGGUUCACGUUUAGGAAGACAAUACUCAUUGGGAAGACGGAUAUGAGUCCUGCAGAAGUUAGGGCAAUGAUGGAGGAUCUAGCUCAGGAAUACAGAGGAAAUGCGUAUAAUCUCAUCACCAAGAACUGCAACCAUUUCUGCAAUGAUGCUUGCAUUAAGCUCGCUGGAAAUCCUAUACCUAAUUGGGUCAAUCGUCUAGCCAGAAUUGGGUUUCUUUGUAACUGUGUUCUUCCAGCAAGUCUAAAUACAACCAAGGUUCGGCAUCACAAAGUGGAAGACAAAACUCAAGACGGAGAGAAGAUGAAACUGAGGAAUGGUUCGAGUAAAAUUUGUUCGUCCAACUCUUCAUCUAACUCUUCGUCCUCGUCUCCUAGUAGUACAGCUCGUGGCAGAAGCCGAAGCAGACGAACUCAGCCUCCAUCGUCCCCGUUGAUCAUUCGUUCCCCCUCAUAAAAAGAGAUUCGUUGAUUUCUUGCUCGAAAUGCUGAAACACAAGCAGUCGCCAGCUUCACUGAACUUGCCGAGUACGAUGCGAGGGCAGUCCAUUUCAAUGGUUUUUUCUUUGUCAAAUUCUUUCCGUGUCAUACCAUACGACGCUAACAACUUUUUUGUAAGAGCAAGCAGCUCAUAGUUGUACAUGCCUGAAUUAUCAGCUGAUGAUUGGCUGCUGCUGCUGCCAUUUGCAUUCAUUUCGAUUCGUUUUGGUUGCCUC